GUGUUUGGUUUUUUGUCUCGCGGUUUCGCCAAGCCGCCACUUCGGGCGGCUAAGCUCCGGACCAGGGGGAGAGAAGGCGUGCGGAGACGAGUGGUGGGGCGGGCUCGGGGCCGAUCGGUCGGGGCAGCCGGGGCGAGGCGCCCCUCUGCCGUGAUUGCCCAGUGCGGGCCGGCCGCCCGGCUUUCUCAUCAUCACACCCCGCUCCUUCCCGUCGCUGGCGGUCGGUCGGCACUCCUCGGGAGCUUGCCUUGUGGGCGGCUUUUGCUUUAGAUGUAGUGGUGGGCGAUGCAGAGAGUCACGCGUGUUCUAGAAAAUCUGAGUUCUCCGGCUUGUGUCUCCAGGCUGUUGCGUGGGUUAAGGGGUUGUUUGUUCCUGUAAACUGAAAGAGCGGGGAGGCGUUGAUGAUAAUGCCCAGGGUGAAGGCGUCCAGUUCUCAUGUAGGUGGAAACAUGCGCACAGAAUUGGGAAAGGGCAGGGGAUGGCUGUGGGGUUGCUAAGUGAACGGCUAGGUAUGAGAAAUAAAGCUAUUUUGAUCUGCCUGUUGAUCUAUAUAAAUUAUGUAACGUGUAUCACAGAGAAUGAUGGCUGAUAGUUCUACUUGAAGUGGCUCAAGGGGGGGGGAAUUUGGGGCAAAAACCAAAUACAAUAUGGGAUGUAAUAGAAAAUACCAGACUCAUAAAAAAUUGGACCUCGAAGCCAGUGUGAGUGCCAAGCAGAGGUUUCAUCAAGAUUUUGUAUUUUUCAGUAUCUCAGUUCCCACCCCGAUGAAUUGUUUGUGGCUACCUCACUUCAGGAAAUCGGCUUUCCGCAUUGAGCUAUUCUGAAGCUUUGACAAGCUUUCUGAAGCCCAGAAUAACAACCCCCUACUAAGGCAUAUAAACGUCAGUAGAAUGGCUUGAAAUGUUGGAAUCAGACAUGUGUUCAUAUGUGAGAAGAAUUUUUUUAAUGGUUGAUACUUUAAAAGAAAAAGCGAUGUUAUUUUUAAGACCAGGUGAAAGACAAAGAGACUUGUUAUUAAGUUACUUGAGAGGCAUAAUAAGUAGCUGCCUCCCAGGAUUGAGACAGUUAGUUGAAAAUACUCAAAGCAAGCAGAAUUUGCAAAUGGUGCGCGUAUUAAGCAUUCCAUAGUUGUCGGCAUCGAUUAGUACAACUCCUAGGAUAGGAGAGGCCCAGGAAGGUGCCCCAUGGUCUUCAACUUCCUUUUGCUUUCACAUUUGAGUGAAGGCCUUACCGCAGUUCUUCAGUGGGGCUGGGCUUCGGUGCCGUGUUAACAGUGUAAACACAGUCAGUAAAGUCUUUACAGUGGUCGCUUUUAGUUAUUCCCUCCUGAGACCCUGCACCUCCUGGUACGUAUGUUGAAUUUGCAUACAUUAAAGCAUAUUCAUUGUGAAGGAUGGAAAGUUCUGUUUUGACGGAUGUGGAGUCGUGCAUCCACCACCACAGUACUGUACCGAGUGGUCCUGUCACCCUAAAAGUUCCCCAUAUCAGACGCUGCUUCCCCCCAUAACCUGACCCGGCUCAUGCAAUGUAUAAUUUUUAGGGUCUGGCUUCUUCCACUUCACGAAAUGCAUUUAAGAUUCACCCUUGUCGCAGGGAUGAAUCCCGCAAGUCUGCAGCUUGCUUCUGUUUAUCGCUGCUUAGUGCUGCAUUGCAUGGAUGUGCUGAAGUCGGUUAUCCGUUCGCAUGGUGAAGGGCAUCUUGCCGGCCUCUGAUUUUGGCAAUUAUUAAUAAAACUGCUAAUAAACAUUUGCAUAUACAGUUUUGCAUGCACCUAAUUUUCCACUUCACUUGGGUAAAUACCUAGGGGCAUGAGUUCUAGGACGUAUGUUAAAUCUAUGUUUACAUUAUUUUAAAAAACUGCCAAGUUACCUUCCAGAGUGGCUGUACAUGGGAAGCAAUAUACAGGAGUUUGUGAAGGAUUAGUAUUGUUUCUUAUUUAAAUAUCAGAUAGGCUACCAGUGAAGCCAUUGCAGCCUGGGUUUUCUUUGUGGGCAGAUUUUAACUUAAUAAUUCACUACCUUUUCCUGCCCUAGUUGGACUUGUUACGUUGGCGGGACAUGUAGGGGGGCACAGAGCAGCUCUUUCUUACCUGAAGUUCCUGACCUUCAGGAGUAAAGCUUCCCAGUCCAUUCCACACCUUUGUCCAGAGCACUGAAGGAGUCUGUUUUGACAGUUCCGUCCAGGUUUACACUUGCCUCUUGGGGAGAGGAUUUGUCUGCAUCCCCCUGCUAAUGUCCUGCUGGUCGGGCGCCCCCACGCCACCCCUGUCUGCAAACAAACAGGACAGAAUAGCCUCUCAAACGCUCUUGCCUCAUCCCCAGCAAGUACUCCAUUCCCUCCCUUGGGGGCAGCUUUUCCACUAAAGACCUCUUCAUCCUCAUUCCCCACCCCCAUCCCCCCAGCUCCACCGAAACUCAGAAAUUUGCUCUUGUCAAAGUCACCAGCAUUUGCCACGUUACCAAAUCCAGACCUGUUCCCAGUCUUCCUUUUCCGUGGACUGUCCGGCAGCACUGGACACAGGAGGUGACCACCGCACCCAUGAAACUCCUCCUUGAUCGGGUUUCCAGGGAGAGCAGAGGCUCUCCUUACUUGGCUCCUGCCUCUCUGGCCUUGCCAUCCCGCCCCACCUUCCCCCGUUUUCUCCUUACACCCACCGUAGUCUCCUCAGUCCACGAAGCUCUCCUAGCAUUUAUUUGCGGUUUGCACCUGUCUCCUGAACACCAGUCCUGUCUAAUUCCCACACUCCUGUUUUCUGCAAACCCACCCAAUCUUCCUAAUGAGUCUUGGCAACUUCUCGGAGGCCUUUUGAUGACCCCUCAUAGGUCACGUCCACCUCACCCACUGAACUUGCUGGCUUCUAUUUAUAUUCAUUCAGAAUCCAGCCACUUGGUCACCAGUAGUCCAAGCCAUUCAUCUAUUUACCUGAGUUACAGUUGUCCUCUAAUGUGUUCCCUGUGUCCGCCCUAUUUCCUGACGAGAGAGUGUAUUUUUAAUGCAUCAGCUAGUGAGACUUUUAGUGUAAAUCAGAUUCUCACUCCCGCCUGGACCUCUCCAUGGCUUCCCAUCAGGUAAAGGCUCGAGUCCAGAGAGCGGCCCGUCUGACCCUACUCAGCCCGCCUCUCUGCCCUCCUGGCUUCAUCUGCUGGUUGUUCUGGAAGUCACUCUGGUCCCCUGGACGGUCAUCAGCCUUGCCAAGCCUGCUCCUUUCGCAGGGCUUUUGCAUCUGCUGUCCUCUGCCAAGAGUGUCCUUCCACUGGCUCUACGCAGGACUUCCCAACUUCCCCACCACGUCAGGCCUGGGGCCAAGUCCCGCCUGUCCGCAAGGCCCCACUGAGCAUCCUGCGUAAGCUCACAACUUCCUCCUCGCUGGCCCCUCCUCCUGGGUGUUUCUCCAUAGCACUUUUACCAUGUGACAAAUUACGUCCGUGUGUCAUCUCGUCUGUCUAUCCCCACUCCAACACACACUCCAUGAGGGCCGACAGUUAGUCUGUUUACUGCUGCAUCUCCAGUGGGCUGGAGUGAGUGAGUGAGUGAGUGAGUGUGUGUGUGUGUGUGUGGCGCAGGGGGUGUGCUGGCCUUUUUGGUGCUCUUACCCGUCCUGACUGCUCCAACCCUAUCACGCCCUAGCCCACUCCAAAUAGCGCACCCUCAGUUUUUCUCUCCUGGGUUCCUGUGUAUUAGUCUUCCCCCAAACACGUAACUCCCUGAGGGACAGGUUCAGCACAUGUUUGCUGAUACAAAAUGCCCUUCCCAAAUCUCAGGUAACAGGGGAGCGAGAAUAGGAAAUUUACACACCAGGGGCAGGUGAUCCCUGAGGACUGUGAGAUUAGGUUAAGAUUAGAGUUUUGCCAGUGACCAUCGCCCAGAGAAUCAGCUCACAGACGGGCAUAAACUGCACAGUGGGGCAGAGCCUGGCCACCAGGCCUGCGGGUGUCUGGUGUGGGGCUGAGGACCAACCAGUGAGGAGACUUGUGGAAACAUCUUCCAGGACCAUCUGGGUUUCUCUGUCCUAAUUUCCUGCUCACUGUGCAACAGGCUGAUUCAUUCAUCAGCUUCCCAAAUACUUCAGUGUGUCCCAGGCCACUUUGUUAUUAAAUAAUCUGGUUUGCAGUCCAUCAAGGGACCGUCUUUGGUUUUCCUGGGCGAUCAAAGGAGCAGAGACAGGACUGCAGCAGACACCUAACGAUUCUCCCCUGCCCAGUCUCCAAUUCAAAAUGUAGCCUAACGACACCUUUCCCAGGUAAAUGAAUCUACAGAGACAAGGGCAAGAGGUGUAGGCCAUUUUCAGUGCAUCCCAUACCUGAAUGCUGUUAUCACACCUGACUGAAACUGUCCAUUCUAGAUUUCAAAAAUGAGAGGAGUCAGUCAUUCUGAGUGGUGCCUGUAUGUUUUCUUAAUAGAAAUAGGUGUCUGUAGUGAGAACAGUAGUAGGUUGUUUGGGAGUUGCUACCCCUUCUAACCGGAUGCGCACCCCAAAUAAGAAAGUGCGAUCACGUAACAGGCCCUGGUUUUAGAGCCACGCACGCGGUUCCAGGGCUCCGUGGCCACGAACAACGCCGGGCGUGACCCCCAGCCCCCGCCCUGCUGCAGUGCGGUCUUCCUCUUCGUUGCUGCAAAGCUUCGUCUCUUGAGGGUAAAUUUAAUGUUUGAAAACCACCAAAAGUCUUUCAGAGGCCAAGUCACAAAUCAGGUGGGUGAUCAGAUUUCAUGGUCCUCUGCCUGUCCAAAGUGAGCUGGCUUUCAUGGGAUGUUUUUCUUGUGUUACAGUUAAUAGCCUAGAAAUGCAUUUCCAAAUACACACAAAAAGGCCACAAGUGGUGGAAUUAGAAUGUCCAGUUUGCUUCAUCUCACACCCACACAACAGCCUCAGAACAACAGCACUAAUACUACUGCUAGUAAUUAUGAUUACUGAAACAUUUAAAAAUUAAUUGGAUGUGCUUUCUCAUUCUGGCUCCUGCUUUUCACACACAUACUCAUUUUUGGUUGCACUAAAUCUGUGUAAGUUCACCGUUGGGUCAUGUGGCUCUCUCCCCUCUGACCUCAUUAGGAUUUGAAUUUCUACAUAGCUGUAUGUUGAACGAGCACCAGCAGUUUGUGUGUCGGUGAGAUUAGGUUAAGAUUAGAGUUUUGCCAGUGACCAUCGCCCAGAAGAUCAGCUCACAGACGGGCAUAAACUGCACAGUGGGGCAGAGCCUGGCCACGAGGCCUGCGGCUGUCUCUGGUCAUUUCGGUCUGAAGCUCGUCCUGUGGUCGCAGGGGCAGCAAAACUUUCCUGAAAAGGGCUCGACAGUAACACUGAGGCUGUCGGGCCACGAAUAACCCCGACACACACACUUAACAAACCGUAAAGCCAUUCUGAGCUCAGGGACCGUGCGGACACAUCUCCGGCUGCAGUCGGCGAGCCCCCGCUCCAGCAGCCCGCUCAGGGAGGGCUCCGGCGUCCGUUCUGCUGGGCCACAGACACGAGCCGAGUGUUGUUCUCCUUGUAAGCUGCUUGCUGUUCUUGCCUAGAUGCCCAAGGGACUUUUUUCUCUUUUCCUUUACAGUCCAGUUGGUGUUGUUGAGUCUGGGGUGGUAUUUUCAGCUUGUCCCAUGGGAAACGGCACGAGCAGACUCUAUAGUGCUCUCACCAAGACACUGAACAGCAGCACCGCCUCCCAGUAUCUGGAGUCACCUGACCCGGAACAUCCGGAGCCCAUUGACCCCAAAGAGCUCCUUGAGGAAUGCAGAGCAGUUCUGCACACUCGACCUCCCCGGUUCCAGAGGGACUUCGUGGAUCUGAGGACAGAUUGCCCCAGCAGCCACCCACCUAUCAGGGUCAUGCAGUGGAACAUCCUCGCCCAAGCUCUCGGAGAAGGCAAAGACAACUUUGUACAAUGCCCUUUGGAAGCACUCAAGUGGGAAGAAAGGAAAUGUCUCAUUCUGGAAGAAAUCCUAGCCUACCAGCCUGAUAUAUUGUGCCUCCAAGAGGUGGACCACUAUUUUGACACCUUCCAGCCACUCCUCAGCAGACUGGGCUAUCAAGGCACAUUCUUCCCCAAGCCCUGGUCACCUUGCCUGGAUGUAGAACAUAACAAUGGACCGGAUGGCUGCGCCUUGUUUUUCCUCCAGAACCGAUUCAAGCUGCUCCACAGUGCCAAUAUCAGGCUGACGGCCAUGAUGUUGAAAACCAAUCAGGUGGCCAUUGCACAGACCCUGGAGUGCAAGGAGUCCGGCCGGCAGUUCUGCAUCGCCGUUACCCACUUGAAAGCACGUACGGGCUGGGAGCAGUUCCGAUCAGCUCAAGGCUGUGACCUUCUCCGGAACCUGCAGAACAUCACCCAAGGGGCCAAGAUUCCCCUUAUUGUUUGUGGGGACUUCAAUGCCGAGCCAACAGAGGAGGUCUACAGACACUUUGCUUCCUCCAGCCUGAACCUGAGCAGCGCCUACAAGCUGCUGAGUGCAGACGGGCAGUCGGAGCCUCCCUACACCACCUGGAAGAUCCGGACGUCAGGGGAGUGCCGGCACACGCUGGACUACAUCUGGUACUCGAAACACGCUCUGAGUGUGAGGUCGGCGCUGGACUUGCUCACCGAGGAACAGAUUGGGCCCAACCGGUUACCGUCCUUCCAUUAUCCUUCAGACCACCUGUCUCUAGUGUGUGACUUCAGCUUUAAUGAGGAACCCAAUGAUCUUUUGUAAACGCUUAUCUGUGCCUUUUUAAUCACAAGAGUCUUAACCUCAGUGGCCUGAGGAAGGACUCUCACUUCACCUUCCAUGUUUCCAGCAUGCCCUUGGGAAGGAAUCCCACCAGUUCACAAACUUUUUCCAUUAAAACCUGCAGCAAAAAGGUGUUUGCACUCCAGUUUUGGGUUGUAUGGUGUCCUUUCCCUUAGCAUUACAGUAAAGGGCAUCAGUUAGGCUUGUUCUGAAGCUUUCAGUUUGAUGAUGCUAUAUACAAAAGUACUUUCUUGAGUCCUCCAUAACUAACAAGUAUGCAGGAGCGAUUUCUCUAGAUACUGUUUCCAAUAAUUUAUUUGAGGUUUUAAAUGUCAACAAGAUAUGCAUGGCAAUAUUUAUUUUUUAUACCUUUGUGUAAAAUUAAUAAGUUGUAGGUAGCAUAAACAUUUUAAAACCAUGUAAAACAUAAGUUAUAAUUUGUAGUAAUUUUCUUAAGGCUUUAAGAUGUUUUCACCUGGGGUCUAACAAAAGUGUACAAAGGAACUGUGUAGCGUGGAGGCCCCGGGGCUGUGUUUGUUGUUUAAGUGGCAGCAUCAACUCUCCCUGCUGACUUCAUCCCAGUUCUUGCUGGGCCUCCACACCCCCACUACUGGUAUCUCCUGAGGCGAGUCCAUGACCCGUCGUUGUUAUUUAAUCACUGGUGUGCAUUUAGUUUCCCACUGGAAUGCUACUGGCUUACAUCUGAAGUCACUCAGUGUCAUUAUUGUUUGUAUCAGGAUGAGCUUUUUACAACAGGUCACUCGGGAGCUGUUACGUGCAGUGGCUGAGAAAGUUUGUGGGGCCUUCUCUUCAGAGACGGGAAACUAGGAAAACCUCUUUAUGAGGCCAUCAUUGAAAUGUCCUAAGAUAACCAGGGAACGUGGUCAAAGCAUCUAAAGAUAAUGUAAAAAGAUAACCUGAAAUUUUCCUUCACUGGGGGGAAAAAAGUUGAUCAAGUUAACAGGUACAGCCCCUUCCAAAUGAAAUACCCAAAACUACCCUAUUGGUAAUAAAGUGAUAAAUAUUUUAACCUAUGAGUUGUGUAUAUUUAAGAUUAAUAAAUGGUCUUUUAAAACUAA